UCAAUAUGUUUGCAGGUCGCAUCGGAGGUCAAAAACGUGGGGGUGCUGUCAAACCUCCCCGGAUCUGGGAAUCCGGGGGGCGUGGGGGUGACUUUGCGGGGAAGCCCUACUCUGGCGGGAGUGUCGCACGGUUCGCUGUCGAUCUGAGAGAUUCAAGUCUGUUCAUGAGGAGUUGAUAAGUCCUGUGAUUGUAUAUAAACUGGCUUAACCAUAACUUUUC